ACAUGAGCACGUAAUGGUAACGUUAGGAGACUGAGGUAAUGAGCGAACCACGUUCCCCCGAUAUCGGGAGGGACACAGAAGGGGUACCAUGUUCCUGUAGCCCCCGUUUGCCAUUGGACUGGCUGGACAUCAAGCAGGAAGAAGAAGAGCGGAAAAUGUGUGGGAGGGAGCAGAUGAUAAAUGGUCCAUGUACCCCGUCAGACACCGAUACCCUGGAUCCAUCGUUAGUGGAUUCUGGAUACAACGAGGGACUUCAUCUCCAAUGUCUGGAGAGCGUGUUAGACUGGAGGAUCGACAAAGUCUAUUUGACCCCUGAUGACCUGGGGAGUUUCCAGUUUCGACCCUGUACUCUCCAGACCACAGAUCACUCUGGAUUUGAAGAACAUCUUGACGAAAUAUAUCAACACCGCCUAAGUAUAGAAUACAAAUAUCAAGUGACGUCAUGUCUGGAUAACCAACCAGAGUUAACUCCAGGUAUGCGAGGACUUCUGAUCAGCUGGUUGACAGGAAUUCACCACCAAUUAAACCUUUGUCAGGACACUCUAUUUGUGGCAGUCAAUAUCGUAGAUCGAGUUCUAGAUCUCAUGCAAGCCUCACGAGACUAUCUACAGUUACUUGGAAUAACAUCAUUAUUAAUAGCAUGUAAAUCGGAAGAAAUACAUCCUCCUGAAAUUAAGGAUCUCUUGAGCGGAUGUGAUGACGUGUACUCACGUGACCAGGUGAAGCAACUAGAACGGGUCAUUCUGAAUGCUCUCCGAUUUGAUUUGCUGGUUCCCACCUCCCAAUACUUCCUGGAAUACUUCUCAUCUUGUGUCAUCAGCAACUUCACUGGUUUCCACGGAGAUCGCCUGAGGCAGGCAAGAGCAAUGGCGAGAUGUUUGUUGGAGCUGUCGUUACAAGACUACGAGCUGAGUCAACUUCGACCCUCCAUGUUGGCACUGUGUAUAUGGAAGUCCGCUGUGGAGCAAGUCAAUACGGACGACGGGAACUUCCUUCCUGCAGGACUCUUCUUUACUCGCGAGGAUUUCCAGCAUGUAUAUCAGGAAGUUAGACUAUUCACUGAAAAUCUCCAGCAAAGUUUUCCGGAAAUUAUCAGUAUUUGUGAUCACUACUCGAACAUGUAUGGGCAGGAAUAAUUAACACAUCAGACUUACUUAUGGGGAGUAUUUCUAGCUAAAAUGAUGACCAAUACAGAGAAACUUCUACAUUUUUUUUCUAUUGUACGAAAUACUUUUUGAUUUAUGGUAAAAGGUAAAAUGUCGGAUUUUGAUUUUUAAAUUCUUUAUAAUGGCAGCAAAAUUACCCCCCCCCCCCCCCCCCCAAAGAUUGAACAUGAAACUGUUCAAUUUACUUUUGUUGAUCGUUUCUGGAAAUGUUUUCUCCCAGUCUUUGUGAAUUCUCUGUACAAGUCAGUAAAAAUUAUUUCUUUCAUUUACUUUGUCAAUGACUAUGUGCAUAAAAAGUGCUUUACAUAUAUUACAAAAUUCUAUUUUUAUAUGUUUGUAUAGUUAUA